UAGAAAGCGAAUAUUAGGAAUUAUUACAAUUAGUGGAGCAACUCGACGCGGAGCGGCAGCGCUGAGGAAGUGCACAGACAAACGUUCACGUGUGCCACUUUCAUUUGUAUUUUUCCUCCGUGCUCACUGUUAUUGAACGAACCCUCCUCUUGCAUCUGUGGAUACAGACUGAGGGAGUCCGCGCCUCGAUCAGCACGGCGUUAUGGUAAAGAUGCGCCGCGGGGAAGCGUCCCAUCUGUGGCUGUUGAUCGUCACCGCGGUGUCGGUGUCAGUCCGCGGACUUCCCACGCACUUAAAUCGGACUUCAGCCAGAGACAGAAAUACCACAGCGUCUGUUACUGAGGUGACAGCAGAGCCUAUUCAUGGCAACGGUCAUCAGACUCUCCAGGAGCUCCAGCAGGAGAACCUGCUGCAGAUUCGUCCCUCCAGCUCGUCUCUCCCCAGGUCCAGACACCGCUGGUCCCACCACCAAGGUGUCCUCCCUCCACCUGAACCGGAGGAAGACCCUGAGCUCUUCAUCCUGGACCUGAGGAACUUCCCAGAGCUGGGCAAUGCAGACAUGGGCUCACAGAACCCCAACAUACAAGUGACCAUCGAGGUGGUAGAUGACACACAGCCUGAGACGGAGGUGGAGAUGGACCUGGUCAAGGAGGGUCAGCGUAAUGACUGGUCCGUGUCAUCCUCAGAAUGGGCUAAUAGCCACAAGAAGCUGUUCUGGCCACUGUUCUGGGAAUAUCCAGAACAGUUGGAGAACGGGCUGGAAAGAGACAGUUUGGAAGCACAAUCGGAGGACUACAACUACGACCCAGAGGACCCCUCUCUCAGUGGAGUGGGGGCAGACUGGGGCAGUAAAUGGAACAAAGAUUGGGAUGCAAAGAACGACUACGAGUACGAGGAGGAGUGGAGUGACUGGGAACCCUGCAGCAUCACCUGUGGCCACGGCACCCAGAAACGCACCCGCUCCUGUGGAUAUGCAUGUACGGCCACUGAGUCACGCACGUGUGACCUGGACAACUGUGCGGACACUGCAACGCCAGUGACUGACCUAACACCCAUCCAGACGACCAACAGCACAGAAUCCCUGGACACAAACGUAGACAGCUGUGAGAAGUGGCUAAACUGCAAGAAUGACUUCCUCCAGAAGUACCUGCACCAAGUGCUCACAGAGCUUCCCAGCUGCCCAUGCUCCUACCCUUCUGAGGCCGUUUACAGUUCCGUCAACAUCCAGGACGGAAAACAUCGCAAGACCUUUCGCUGGAUGGACGCAAGCGGACCCAAAGAACGCCUGGAUAUCUACAAACCUUCAGCCAGAUUCUGCAUCCGCUCAAUGCUGUCGUAUGACAGCACAACAUUGGCAGCGCAGCACUGCUGCUACGACGAUCAGAUGAGACUGAUAACGCGAGGAAAAGGAGCAGGAGCACUAAAUCUGAUCAGUACAGAGUUCUCACCAGAGCUGCAUUACAAGGUGGAUGUACUGCCCUGGAUCCUUUGUAAAGGGGACUGGAGUCGGUUUCAUUCAGUACGGCCGCCCAAUAAUGGGCUGGACUGUUCAGAUAAUCCCCCUGAACAAAUGUUUCAGAUGGAACUUAAAGAGGCCAGGGAGUACUGACAGUGUGGGGCUCAGGAGUCACAACAAGAAGGAAUGACAACAAAUCCCCAUUUCUUUGGUUUGUUCUCUCCAUCCUGCACAAGCACAGGAAAAACUGAACUGCAAUGUUAAUACAGGGUUUCUUUAGUCCUGUUGCCGUGCAUGAACUCCUGACUGCCGAAAUACUUCCUUUCAAAUGAUAUGGAAAUAUGAAUGAAAGACAUGGACAACCAAUACUGGUGAAGCUUUGUAUACUUUCACUUUGUUCACAGCAACAAAAAUGAAAUAACACUGUCGUUGGAACCAUUGGAAGGACAAUGAAAAUCAGUGCGGAUGUUCUACUAGAACCUUUGUCAGUCAAUCCCUGCUCCUGUAUGUUCUUGUGGCAUGUGUGUGUACAGUAUUUGUGAGUGUGUACAGAGGAUGCUCUUAUUUAUUGGCCCCUAAACUCUUUUAAUCACAUCUAGUGUCCGUCUAGCUGGUAAGCAGCGAAUAAAGUCAAAUGGACCUUUGGACUAUAAAUACUUUACUUUUUAAUCUUUUCUAAAUGUCUGACAGAAUUAUUGUCAGAGCAUGUCUGGGGUUUUCUUCCAGGAACAAUUCUGGUGUAAGUAGCCCCAUCUGAAAUUAACAUCCAUGUUGUGUAUGGUAUCAUUUCCUUUGGUAAAAAUAUUUAACAUUCCUUCAGCAUUAACGUUUGAAUUUAAUUACACUAAAAAGUCAAAUUGGAUUCUGUUCACAUACCAUUUUCAAAUAUUUUUUAAGUUUGCCAUCUACACUUGACAUGCCCACACAUAUAAAAGGUGUUCACAUCUCUUCACCCCACUGAACACUGUCUGUGGGAAGGAAGCCAGUGAGGGAUCACAUCCAUGUCUCUACAACUUCUACCGUUCAGGUACCUGCGUGGAGCAGGGUGGGAUGUGUUACACCCUCUUGUCACUAACACAACUUUUUGUGCCUGUUGUCCAAUGACUGCAUGAGAAAAUAGAGCCAUGUCUACACUGGAACUUCCAGAUUCUGUUCCCAAAGUAAUAAAAUGAAAUUCAAAAGGACAUUUGAAAUGCAAAUUACUAAUAAUCCAGCCAUAUUACACAACUAUACUCAACAAUGGUAAAUGGACUUGUACUUGUAUAGUGCCUUUCUAGUCUUCCGACCAUUCAAAGCUUUAACACCACAUGUCAUUCAACCAUUCAUACACUGGGUAUGAAUGGGUACAUAGACUAAUGGCAGGACUACCAUGCAAGGUGCCACCUGCCAAUCAGGACUAACUAACCUUUACCAUAAGCAUAGCCUUCGAGAGCAACUUGGGAUUAAGUUUCUUGCACAAGGACACAUCGACAGAGUGGAGGAGCCGGGGACAGUUUGUUUAGACAAAAACAAAAGAGCAAAUAUUGCUAAUUUCUUUUUUAGUAGCCAAUAAAAAAGGAAGCAAGUUCAUCA